AUGCCCAAACGAAAGCGUGCUGCCGAACCCACCUUGCACUCUGUGCUCGAAAAGCACCAAGAUGAGAUUUUCCGAGCCCUCAAAGCCGCCAAGGGGUUCGAGAGGCAGCGUCUGAGUAAGAGGCUUCGUGAGGAUGGCGCUUCUGGUGACAAGAAGGAACGGUUGGAGCGAGAAAUCACUGUGCUUAAGGUAUCCUUCAUCCGCACUUUUCCAUCGCUCCACGAAAUACCUCCCACGGCUGACAACAGGCUGCAGUCCCUCGACCUUCACCAGACCGCGCGUGCCCAUCUGUUCUCUUCGCUUCUCAAAAUCAAGACCAUCGCCGCCAGCGACAAUCUCCCCGACCAGCUCCGAGCCGGCGUGUCCAAACCGCAGCUCCCCGAAGAGGAACGAGCAUCGCUCCAUAAUGUCACCAGUGGACUCUAUAACCGAGAUUCCAUCAAGCAAGCCGUGGACCGCGCCAUCGCCGACGUUUGCGGCGCCCUCCACCUCCCCGUGCCUGAAAGGAGCAAACGUCUCCGCAAGGACAAGCGGACGGAGAAGGAGGGGCAGCCCUCGGAUCGGAUACAAAGCCAAACCGUCGAGCAGGCCAUACCGGAAAGCGUGGAGGAGAUCGCGGCCGAGGACGUCACCGACUUUGAAGGCUUCGAGUCCGCCCUAGAUGACGAGUCUGACGUCGAUGAUUUGCCUAGCAAGGGAAAAUCUGCGCAGGAACCCGACUUUUCCCAGUUCGAUGGUCUACUGGGAAGUUCCGAGGAUGAGGAAGAAUUCGACGCGGCAACUUUGGCCCGGUUCAAGGGCAAGGAAACGGUUGACUUGGACGAUAUUUCGCUCUCCGGCUCCGCCUCGGACGUCGAUUCCGAGAUGGAGUCGGACGGAGAGCUUGGCACGGAGUCUGACGGUGAAUCGGAUAGAGAGUCGCGUUCCGUUUCGCCAUCACUUUCACCGCCCCCGAAGAGGAGAAAGGAUGACUCCAAAUCAUCUGCCGCCUCGAAGACCCGCCCAGCCACUGGCUCAACCUUCCUGCCAUCCCUCAUGGGCGGUUACAUCUCCGGCUCCGAAUCCGCAUCCGAUCUGGAGGAUACGAAGCCGAAAAAGCGCCGCGGACAACGAGCCAGGCAGGCCAUCUGGGAGAAAAAGUUUGGCGCCAGUGCCAAACAUUUGCAGAAUCAGAGCCAAAAGGGCGGCAGGGAUGCCGGUUGGGAUAUGCGGCGGGGAGCCAUGGGUGCGGAUGACCAUGAAAGCAACACACCGUGGAAGAAGGGUGUUCGGAACCCCCUGGCAAGGGCUGGAAGAGUCGGUCGCCCCGAGCGCCAGGACGAGGUAACCAAGCCGUCGAGGCCGACGAAGAGGGAUGACGAGGGCCCUCUCCAUCCCAGCUGGGAGGCGAAGAAAAAGGCGCUCGCAUCUGCGAAAGCCGUCGUCUUUGCCGGCCAGAAAGUGGUUUUUGACUAG